AUGGAUGUGACAGGCGGCAGCAGGAGCCCGGAGAGCGACAAUGACUAUUUCCGCUGCUCAAUACAAGAAACCCUCGUUGUUUCAACCGAUUUACAUUAAAGGAUAUCGAUAAACAGCGACCUUUCUAACGCGAGGAGGAGCGCAUUCAACAGUGCGCGGUGCGUAGCUCAAGUAGCGGACCUGCUGAAAGCUGCGCUGCUGAAUAAGGUGGAGUGAGUGGAUCCAUCGCCUGGCAGGGAAAGCGUCUCGCUUUUAUAUCAUAGUUGUGCUUAUUCAGUUUUAUCCAUCGGGACAGUAAGGGAAAUUGUGAAUUUUUACGGUGUUUCGCAAGAAAAUUGGAUUUUUACGCACUGAUCAAACCGCAAUUCCAGCUAUGAACGCGCAUAGUGAGGCGCACAUCUGAUAUCCUGAUUUCAAAAGAAGUUUUUAUUACUGUGCUUGUGUCUGCUAUCGACUCAACUUUUACGGCAUUGCUUGGUGAAGGCAGAUGAAAAGGCAGAGGAGCGGAAGGUGGUUGACUUAACAUGGCUGAGCCGCUGGGGCAUCAGUGGGCGCUGGCUGGAGCUCCGAAGAGCGCCUGAAUCCCGGUUGAGUGGAUUGUUGGGGGGCUGGCAGGUGGCCAGUGGCCCAUAAUGUCCAAGAGGGAGAAAUUCAACCAGGAUCCUUCAAUCCAAAUCUCCAAGAUGAAUGUCAUCAUCCCCUUCUCACCAGAUGUGCCCUGUGACAGCAACGGCCAGCGGAUGUGGUGGGCUUUCCUCGCCUCCUCCAUGGUCACUUUCUUUGGGGGUCUCUUCAUAAUCCUGCUGUGGAGAACUCUCAAAUACCUGUGGACUGUGUGCUGCCACUGUAACGCCAAAAAGAAGACGGUCCAUCGGAUCACCACAGGCGAUGGCAUCAAGCGCGUUGAUAAGGAAGACCCGGCGGCCAGCGAGGUGGGCUGGAUGACCUCGGUCAAAGACUGGGCCGGGGUCAUGAUAUCAGCUCAGACACUGACAGGAAGAGUCCUGGUAAAAGACACCCUUGCAAUGUAA